UUUGUUUUUCUGAAUUCCACACAAAUUUUCAGAUUUAGCAUUCUGCAUAGAUACUUCUUUUGUUCUGAAUUUGCUUUAUUUUUUGCGUCAUUAUGAUGUUGUACCCAAACCCCCACCACUUUUUUCCUCCUUUAUAAAUUCCUUCAGAUUUGAACAAUCAAACCCACAGGGUUUUGCGGCACAAUGGACCACGAGAGAAAGAUUAUGAUGUGUUUGGUUUUGGCUGUCAUUUGCAGCUCUGUGCUUGGAGACGAGUGGACAGCCGAUGUUGUAAAGUCCAUUGACGCUCUAGUUGGCUCCUGUGUUGUGCUGCCCUGUACAGUCAGUCAUCCUGGGACUUACCUGUCUACCUCCAGACUCAGGGGCAUCUGGCAUCGUAAGGACAAAUCGAACGAGAUCUUCUACCAUGAAGACAGCACACAGAUCCUGGACAGCUUUAAGGGCCGAACAAGGUUGCUGGGAAACCUGGGUCAGAACAAUUGCACCUUAGAAAUAGUUCAAGUUAAAGAUCAUGACAACGGCCCUUUCUGCUUCCGCAUUGAACUUGUACGAAAAGACACCAACCAACCCACUAAAGAAAAGUACUCCUUUGUUGAGAAAUGUGCUGACGUCACAAUGAUCCAUGACAAACCUCAACUCAAACUGGGUCCAAUAAAGACGGCCACUCAAGGCAAACCCUACACUCUCACCUGCUCUGUUCACCACACCUGCCCCUCGCAUUUCCCUCAGAUUAAAUGGAGUCGGGAAAGAAAGGAUGAUGACAUCACUGAAGUUCAUAAACACAUUCAUUCAGGGGUCUGGGAGGCAGAGUCCAUCCUGUCCUUCGUUCCUGAGGAAAAGGAUGACGAAUCAGAGCUCACCUGCACAGCAACAUUUAAUGGGGGAAUAAAAUCCGAGGCAAAGUUCACACUUAAUGUAAAACGCCAACAAAACUACAACCACAUCAUCAUUCCUGCUGUUGCAGUAGCUGCCACUGCUGUGAUCUUUGGACUCUUCUGUGUUUUGAUGGUGAAGAAAUACAAGAAACGUAUUCAAGAGCUUCAAAGUCAAGAUGGCAGCAUGUGGAACAGGAUGUCUAGACUGUCUCGCAGGAUUCGUCCUGGCGCCUCAGGACCAACUCGUUCUGAUCAAAGAAGGUCUAUUUGGAGCAGAUUUUCGAGGAGACCCCAAAGGAAUGAGCAUGAUCUAAGUCCCAAUAAUGCAAACUCCUGUGGUGGACAGAAAAUUAACAAACCCCACUUCCCGUCACCAAAGAGCCAACAAAAAUCCAACAAUUACAAACAGGACCUGGAUGACAACGAUGACUACAUGAACACCGCAGACUUGAAUAUUUAUGGAAACAUGUAAAAAUGUAAAAAUUGAUUAUCAAAGUAAAUAGCCAGUGUAAUUAUCAGCACACUUUGUUUCAACAAACAGGUUGUGUUCUUUUUGCUGAUCUGAUUUAUUGGUGAGUUAAGUUACAUGCUUUACAUAUAUACAGAUUUAAGGCUUUAUAAUACCAGCUAUGCUAAUAUACGCUACGUUUACUGCACCCACUGUGGCAUCCCUACCAAUAGAAAUGAAAGGGUCUGUGUCUGUGUGGGUCACAGUGAUUAUUUGUAUAAAUCACAAAUUUAUCCGUCCAUCCAUUAAUCCAGGCAUUAUCUGUUUCAGGCGAUGUUUGACUUAAAACUAUGUCAAAUAUUUUCUACAUGCAAAUAAAUCUUUUAAAAGAAAACAGAGAUGUUUUAUUGGCACUCUUUGACAAAUAGUAACAAUAAACUGAAAACUGAUAAAAUAUUACCAUUGGAGAUGUUGCCUUGCUCAGUUGAAGAGCAGGCAACCAAUGUACAGGUCUCAAAUUAAGCACUAAAUUUCUCUGGCAAAAGAUUGGUUCAUGUGUACAAAAGCUUUAAAAAUAUGAUCAAAUAAUUAAAAUGUUGGAGUUGCUUAAAGGUUGGCCAAAAGUCUAUUUUUCAUAUAUCCAUCCUCAAAUAUUCUUGGCAAGGGUCCCGGGGGAGUCAGUGCCAGUGGUCAACGUCCAAGAUGCAGAGUUUAUCUCUGGUUCCUAAUCUAUCACAGGACCGACAAAUAGGUAAACAUCCAGUUAACACAAACCUCCAUUCCUGAAUGCAAAGUGGAAUCUGCAACUAAAGGGGAAGUAUGAAGUAUAUUUCAGAUAGUGCCAUCUCACAAAAACAAUCAAGUAACUACGUUACCUUCAUUUGUUUUAAAAAUGUUGUAUAUAUCAAACAUGUCUUAAUAGAAAUUUGACUUCAUAAUCUAACACUCUGAAAUUGGGCCUUUGUGUUGAAAUUUGUGUGCUCUUUCCGACACUCCCCCUUCUGCCCGUUAUCACAACAACAUAUCUCCAUGAAGCCUCUAACAACAUUUGCUAAUUGCUGCUACCGCUACUUUGAAGGAGCUGAGUUGGGGAGUCGCGCUCUGUGAGAUAAAACCUUUGCUUGGAGACUGGAGCUCAGAGGAGGAGCUGAGAGGAAAGGGCGGCACUUGGUGAGAAAUGGCUGCCAGUGGAGAUUAAAGGAUUACUCAAAUAAUCAUGAAAGAAUCAAAGCAACACUCCAUGUUUUUGAUGAGGGAAUAACAUUAUGUAAAGCUCAAAAAAGUUGAUUUUAGAUUAUACUGUUAGACCCCACACCCACAGACAUCUUGAAUAAGUACAAGGUGCAGUUUUUAUUUGAUCAUUGACAAAUCACCAAUAAAGCAUGAUGAAUCUCAUUUCACUAUUCAUACAUACACAGCAAAUUCAAAAGUGUUAAAUGUUUUGUUGUUAGUAGACUUUAUGCAAAAGCAGAAUUAAUUUUACUCUAAUAGAGUCACAUUCUGUUUAUGUAACUCUGAGGUGUAUAUUAUUAGUAGUUAAAGUACAGUGUUAAAACAAAGUGUUAUCCGUAUCAAAUCUAGAGGUGUUAAAAUGGAAACAGUAACUCUUCUUAACUCUGAAAUGUA